CAAUAUUCAUAAUAAGUUUAAUGCUUUUGAAGUGUUUGAAUUCAACUUAUGAAUGUGAAUUAAAAUAUAUAUGAAAUCAAAUAAUCACUUUUUACAAAAUUAUUCCAUAUUUGAUUUAUAGUAGUACGACUAAAAAUUUAUUUUCAAUAUAUAUUUGUAAAAUAUGGAUAAUGCAAUAGGCACACAAAAUCAAAUCAUCGAAGAAAAAAGUGCUGUAGAAGAUCACACUCUCAAUGAAAAACUUUACGAAAAUUCAAAUCUGUAAUUAUUAUAUUAGUAUUAAUUUAGAUAUUUUUAGAGUCUUAUUUAAAACUUUAGUAAUUUGAAUUUAUUCUGAUUUUGUAACAUAAAACUUGAAUAAGUUUAUAAGCCUUAGAUCAAAAAAAGACAUGUAAACCUUAAAUAUAUCAUCAAAUGUACCCAAAAGCCAGAGUUCAACCAAAAAUAUGUAGUUAAUCGAUAAUACAUUGUUAAUUGUUCAGUUAUUGAAUUGAGAAAAUUGAGUUUAAUAAUUAUUCUAAAUAUUAUUAUUGUAUAUAACAAUGUUCAUUAUAAAUAGAAUUUAUAUUUUAAAUGUAUAGAUACUAUUUAAUAUUUAUAUAUUUUGUUAUAUUUUCAGUUCAGAGUCUCACAUUACAUUAAAAAAAAAAUCAAAACAUCGAUCAUUGAGAAAAAGAAUAGUUGACGAUGAUGAACCUGAUGAUAUAGAUAAUAGGUAAUCAUUAUAAUUAAAUAUAAAAUAUGACAAACAAUAUGGAGAAAAAUUGGAAAUACAUAAAUAAGUUAUAAUGGAUUCUAAUUUGCAGAAAUAUACUCUUAGAGAUGAAAACUAUACAAAAACUUCGAGAUAGACCCAAUGGAGUUAAUAUUGUUAGCCUUGCAUUAGGUGAAAAACUUUCUCAUGAAGAAGAAAAAUUAAUGGUAAGCAAAUUAUAUUAUUUUUUUUACUAUUAUGUGACUGGCUCAUAGUAAUCUCAUAAUUAUUUUUAAAUUUAUGAUACAUUUUCAUUUGAUGCUCAUUUAAUAACUUAUAUCGUUGGUGUGUGCGAAAAUGCAAUCGUGUAAUGUUAUUACUUUAUUAUUUAUGUAAUUUAUAACGAUGGCCCCUUCAGAUGUGCGGUUCAAACAGCAAUUGAAUCACUAGUUUUUAAGUGAUUCCAUAUCCACCCAACAACCUAAAUUUUACAGGCCCCAUGCAAUUUUUUUUAUUUUUCAAGCUUAAUGAACAUUGCAAGGGUAAACAAUUCAAUUCUGACGAGAAAGUUAAAGUUAAACUGAUGAUUCAAUGCUCAAACUAUAGAAUUUUAUUUGAACAGCAUUUCUAAAUUAGUAAAUCGUUUGCAAAAUUGUAUUGCCUUAGAUGGUAGUUAUGUUGAAAAAUAAUAGUAUGUAAAUAAAAUGAUUCAUUUAUUAUACAUGUAUUGUAUUUUCAUUGUUCUAUGUUUAAUAGUUUUAAAGUUACACAUUAGAGGCAUCACUUAUUAACCCGCCCUCGUAUGAUACCUAAUAAUUAAUUAAAUUUUAUUUAGUUACAUUUUCUAUCUACUGUCUUACUGUGAGAGCCAUAUUCUAUACUAUUAUGCACACAACAAUAUCACAUAUUAUUCUUUGAAUUCAGAUAGAGUUCAACAUAAUUUUUUUUUCUAGAAUGUUUAUCAUUAUUGUGUUCAAUUAUAAAUUUAAAUCACAUUGGGUUCUAUCAUUAAAUUGCCUCCCUUCUCAUAUCAUAUAAAUAAAAAAAAAAAUUCAUCUAAUUUACUUAUUGUGCUAAAUUUAUGUAUAGAUUGUAAACAUCCAAUAAAAAAAAAAUUAUAAAUUGUAUUACAUUUUUUUAUUAUUUAACACUUUCAACUCCGCCCGUGAUUUUGGCAGUUACACCGCGACGCCGUAUUAUUCAUACCCUGAUGCGUUUACACGUUAAUGGCAUUAGAAGCAUAACUCAAUUAAUUCAUAAAAUUGAAUAACAUUUUAAUAUUACUUUUUUACUAAUUUCUUUACAGUAAUUACAUCGUUUUCGUUGAACUUUUGACGUUUUUUCGCUUUUUGAUGAGAGUUGUAAAGUAUGUAAAAUGGAACCGCAGUUGGUAAUUUAGUUGUAAUUUCACAUAGUUUUUCUCAAAGUUCAUCAGUUUUAUAAUUUUUUUUCAACAAUGAACGUAUGACAUUCAGCCGAAAAUUAUAGAAAGGUAUUUUACUUCAUUUUUACAAUGCCUAAAGUAAGAAUUGAAAAGUAGCUGUUGUAAAAUAUGAUUACCAAUUUUUUUGUACCUUCGAAGAAUUUUUCGUGUACACAGAUAGUAGGACAUCAUUUGGUUCAUGACAAUCUACACCUGAAUUAUACGUAGUUGAAAACGUAAAUAAUAGUCGGUGCAUAAAAAUUAUGUGACAUAUAACUGAAAUAAAAUAACUUACCGUCAAAAUAAUUAUGAAUUGGUCUAGUUGUUCUAAAUAGAAGAUAAAACAAUAUAUACAGGGAACCGUUAUAGUUCCACGGAUAACGCGAAAUGAAACAAAUUAAAUUAAACUAGUAGCAAAGUAGAUAUAUUGCAUGAUAUAGUAUGUUACUAAUGUUACAAUAGUUGUUUUAAAUUUGUAAAUUAUUAAUUAUCAGUAGAAAUAUGUGUAAUAUAUUUAAUAUGCACUCUGUAUACGUUCACAUACAUUAUUUUGGGAAGGCCGUCAGAUUCAACGAUUAUCCGUGUCUAAAAAUAACGAAAACUCAAACCAAUUUUAGAUUUAAAUUUAGAGUUUAUUAUCCAUAACCUGUGUACAUUUCAGAGAUUAUUAAAAUAAAAUCGAUGAAAUUAUGGCGGAUACAAACGUUACACGUUACUGACGCAUAAACGCGUCUCUUGCCCAAUAAUCUCUGUUGACGUAUAUGCGCGUAUACGUAUAUAGCGCGUGUCAGCGGCGUUGAAAUUGUUAAUAUCAAUAAUAUAAUAAAAAAAUAUAAAUUAAAUAGGUUUUAAUUGUUUUUAUUAGGCUAUAUAUUUAAAAACCAAAACAUGUUCUUUUAUUUGAUGAAUUAAAAAUAAUUUGAUAUAACUUUUGGUAAAAACAUUUUUUUUAAAUUUAUACAUAAUAAAUAAUUUUUUCAAAAAUAUGGUGUUAAUAUUAUUAGUAUUUAAUUUAUAUUAAAGUAAUUUAUUUUAACUUAGGUUGAUCCAUUUAAAGUGAAAACUGGUGGAUUAAUAAAUAUGAAUGCUUUAAAAACUGGACAAGUGACCCAAGUAGACGAUGCUUAUGAUACUGGGAUAGGAACUCAAUUUUCUGCUGAAACUAACAAACGAGAUGAAGAUGAAGAAAUGUAAAAUAAUAAUAAUACUAAUGUUAUUAAAAUAUUUUAUCCAUUUAAUUAAUAAAUUUGUUUAGGAUGAAAUAUAUUGAUGAACAAGUGGCAUUGCGAACUGGACGGACAUUAGACAAAGACAAUGAUAAUAUUAGUCCUAAUAAAUCAAAUUAUUGCCCCCCAGAAUUAGCAGCCUUGCAAGCAGUUCCAUCACAUUUACGAAAUUCAACUACACACAGAUCUGAAGAAAUGUUGUCUAAUCAAAUGUUAAGUGGUAUCCCUGAGGUUGAUUUGGGAAUUGAGUACGUUUAAUUUAUCAAAUAAUUUUAAAAUAGGUUAAUUUCUAAUAUUUUUAAUUCUUAUGGUUUGAUAUCUUUAGUAGCGUAACCAGGAUUUUUUGAAGGAGGGUGUCACAUGUCUACAUUAAAAAAAAAAAACAAGUCUUUUAACACAUUUAUAUUACUUAACACAGAUGUAAGGGGGUGUCCAGACACCCAAAACACCUGGUUGCGCAACUGGAUAUCUUUGGUCAUAAUGAAAAAAAAAAAAUACAUAUAUUUUGCAAUUUAUUUUCAAUUUUUUUUUUUUUAUUCUAUAAGUUUUUAAAUAUUUAUUUAGUAUACAGGGUGAUAUACGUUAAGUUAAAAUGGUUAAAUGGUUAGAUACACUUAUUAUCUUGUUAAUUUUUACCUUUAUUUUUUGAUGUUUAAAAUCAAAAAUAGUUAUAGGUUUCACCUCCAAUAAAUGAGUGUAACAAAAAAUAUUGGUAGUAUAACAUUUUAAAGCUGCUUGAAUGUUAAAUUUUCAAAAAAACAAAUUCCAAAAAUAGCUUAUAUUUCCCAAAUAAUGAGUGUUUUACGUUAAUUACACUGGAUUUGAUCAAGUUAAUAUUGAAUAAUUAGUUAAAACAAUGUAUAUAUUAUUAUAUUUAAAAUAAUUGAAUCUUUAUUUAAAUAUAUUCAAACAAUUUUGUUUUGCAUAUACUAGUGCAAAAAUUAAAAAUAUUGAAGCUACAGAAGAAGCUAAAAUGAAAUUAAUACGUGAUAAGCGCAACAAAAAGGAUGGUCCAUCACAAUUUGUUCCAACGAAUAUGGCAGUCAAUUUUGUUCAACAUAAUAGAUGUAAGUAACUAUAAAAUAUUUAAAAACAAUAUUUUUAAUUUAAUUUUGAAUACAACUAUCUUUUUAAAAUUCCAGUUAAUAUAGAAGUUGUCGGUCCAGAUGGGAAAAGGAAUUAUAAACAACAACCUGCUACUAAACAAGCUCCUCCAAAUGAAAAAACUGUUGAUAAAAGAAAAAAGAAAGAUAAUGCUACUGAUGAUUUUCAUUAUGAAAGAUUUAAAAAACAAUUUCGUAGAUAUUAAUUUUACAGUAAAUAACUUGAAAAUUAUAUUCUGGCUAUCUGGCUACUGUAUAAAUAUGUUUGUAUAUAAUAUAUUAAAAAUUAAGUAUAUAUUUAAAAUUUUUUAAAGAAAUUCAAAUUUAAAAUUUAAUGCUGAGAAAUCAUGUAGUCUCAAUAAUCUUAAGAUUCAAGCAUUGGAAUUUGUAUUUGAGGUUUAUAAAAAAAUGGUUCUAAAUAUAGUUAAAGUAUUGAUUUUUGUUUGACUUUCCUAUCACUAAUUUCUCAGAAUAUCAAAAUUAAAAAGAGCUGAUACUGAGGAUGGAAGCGGUCACUGUUAUAGAUGAGAAGUUGGGAAGGUAGGAUACAUAAGGUUAUUUCAUUUAAAUCUGUAAGCAACGAUAAACUAUUGCUUGAUGAAAGACGAUUCCGAACGCAGUUCAAUAAUACAUAAUGUGAAGUGCUGUAAUUUUUUUUGCGAUUUUCAUUUAAAUUUAAUUUAAAAACACGAAAUUGAAAAUCAACGACCUAAUGUAGUUUUAACUUAUU